AUGAUUCCCGGUGGAAGAAAUCUAUUUGGAAAUCUCAUGCAAAAAUUGACAAAUGGAGUGAAAAAUCAUUCGAAUGAUCAUUUCUAUCGAGCACCGACAAUUUGCACUUCAGCAUACCUUCCAACACGAGAAGUUACACAUUGGGAUUGUACUGAUCUCGAAGUGUACGCUCUUCAAUUUCAACCGUCAGGUUCUAUAUUAGCAACCGGUUGUAGUGACAAAAUGGUGCAUCUAUGGGAAAUUUCUUCGAGUGGUCAGCAGUACAAAUAUUGUUCACUGCAAGGAAGUCAUGGAGCAAUCAACGCUCUUGAUUUCGACAAUGAUGGAUAUCGUCUUCUGGCUGGAUGUUCGAGUGAUACAGUAUAUAUUUGGUCAUAUGGCGAACAAAAAAUAUUGAAAGAUAUAUACAGAGGACAUCAAGGUCUGGUAUUUACUUGUAAAUUUAUUUCGGCAAAAAAGUUAGCAACGGGCAGUGCCGAUAGAACAAUUAAACUUUGGGAUUUGUAUAGCCGGCAUUGCACACAAACAUUAUUUGCUGGGUCAAAAUGUCAUGAUUUAGUCAUUACUGAUGCAGCUGGUACAAUCAUAAGCGGUCAUUUCGAUAAGAAGAUUCGUAUGUGGGAUCCAUAUACGGAUAAAUGUCGAACAGAAUUAAAAUAUGAUUCUGCCAUCACAUCGUUAUCCUACAACCAAGAGAAAAACCAACUGCUUGCUUGUUUCAAAAACGAUACAUUAAAACUCAUUGAUUUAAGACAACAUAAAACACUUCAUACAUUUAGUCAUGAUUAUUUUAAAGUAAGUACUGACACAGCUAAAGCAAUUUUAUCACCGGAUGGUCAAUAUGCUUGUGCUGGUUCCCAAGACGGUUCGUUAUUUGUGUGGAACACUGAAAAUCGUGUUUGUGAAAACGUUCUCCAACAAAAGCAUACUACAAUGGUCACAUCAGUUGCUUGGCAGCCAGAUGGGAAAUAUGUUGCAUCGUGUGAAAAACAUCGUCGUGUGGUUCUUUGGAGUCAAUAA